CAAUCACACACACACACACACACACAUAUACAGUCGCAAUCGCAUGUUGAUAGUGUUAACGAAGAAACAUACAGCCUAAAUGCUAACCGACAAGUCUGAUUUCGCUGACGCAGGCUAUUCAGUUGUUGGCAGUAUUGUAUAUUAAUGUCUUCAACUUCACAAUUGAGAAACGAUAGUCUUGUCGCCUCGGUCCAUCUAUAGGCACGCGUGUACACUUGUCAAGCCAGUAUAACCGUUCUAUAGCGCCGAAUUUCACACUUUCCUGUGCGCCCUUCCAAAAGUGCCGAGCUUGCUGCAAAUAUCGGAUCCUGGAGUCGCGAAAACUGACCAAUUGCAAGGUCUGGUUUGGACCAGAGAACCAAUCAGGCAACAGGGUGUCGGCCAAUUGAAGUCUACCGGCAUCUAAUUAGCGGGCGUUAUAAAUUCACUCUCCACCGUCGGUCGACUACUUUCAUUGUCUUGCACUUGAGCGCAGACGAAGUUCAUCCGACAUGGCACGUACCAAGCAGACCGCCCGUAAAUCCACCGGAGGCAAGGCCCCGAGGAAGCAGCUGGCAACCAAGGCUGCCCGCAAGAGCGCCCCGGCUACCGGAGGGGUGAAGAAGCCUCACCGCUACAGGCCCGGCACCGUGGCCCUGAGAGAGAUUCGUCGCUACCAGAAGUCGACGGAGCUGCUCAUUCGCAAGUUGCCCUUCCAGCGCCUGGUGCGAGAGAUCGCCCAAGACUUCAAGACCGACCUGCGCUUCCAGAGCUCGGCGGUCAUGGCCCUGCAGGAAGCCAGCGAGGCCUACCUGGUGGGUCUCUUCGAGGACACCAACCUGUGCGCCAUCCACGCCAAGCGUGUGACCAUCAUGCCCAAGGACAUUCAGCUCGCACGUCGCAUCCGUGGCGAGCGUGCGUAAGGAGGAUCCGAACAAGAUCGACAACCCCGGCCCUUUUCAGGGCCAC